AUGGUCGGAUCGCUUGUCCCCAAGAAUCUAUGGCACCCGGAUCGCCAGGGAGGAGGAAGUCCUGGGCGAGAGCGGGACAAAGAUCCUGUUCGGUAUGGCCUCAACUCGUUGGACGACUCUGUCAUUGGACAGGCUGUCGUGAUGCUGAGGUUCAUCAAGACCGGAGCAGAAAAGGGCGGUAAUGGCUUCUUCGUCAAUAUUCCAGGCCAGGAUAAAGCCGUCAUCUUCACGGCUGGCCAUAACCUGAUAGACGAAAACGGCCAUCGAACCACACAGCUUAGAGCCUGGUGGAAGGGCGUCGGGACCGGUUGGGUUGACAUAGCCGAGAAGGACACACAUAUCAGCAAAGUCUUCUCGAGCAAACCCACCGAGGCGUCCGCAAUAGACGACUUUGGCAUCAUCCUGAUCCCCAAGAAUAGCAACCCUCCCCCACCCAAGACUGCCUUUGGCUUUGCCCUCCGCCUUGCUGAGGAGGAGAGGAUUGAGGGUGUUUGCAACAUCUCAAGCUACUUGACGACGGCCAGGAAGGACGAUCCCGCAACCCGCAGUACAGGACAGUUUGUGAAUCCCAUCCUGAAGCAGCACCAGCUUGAGUACCUGACAACGACUGAGGCGGGCGUGAGUGGCUCAGUCGUCUGGACGGGCUACAACGGCAAGCCAGUAGCUGUGGCCAUACAUAACUACGGGCCGAAGCGCAAGAGCCCCAAAUAUGGGAGCCGUGGCUCUCGCAUCGAUAUGAAGAUGAUGCGGGAGAUCAUGGAGUGGACUGGUGUGUACAAGCGAGCCGUCGCAAUCCUGGCUCAGCCAACGAAGAAGAGUCAGCCUAGUCCCACGUACCCGCUCUGCUUGAGCUGGUCCGAGACUGACAAGAUUCUCCGUGUCCACGUGCAAGACGACACUGAGCCCAUCCCGACCGAGGCCGUCUUCGAGGCUCUGCCGGUCUAUUCUUCGGCCAUGCUACUCGGCGAUGACCCCAAGGUAGAGUACGGGUUCGCACAGCCAGACAAGAGGCCCAGUGCUAGCAAGGAUGCCCUCCGAUGGAUCUCGUGGAACGUGGAAAGGGACUCGGCCAGCUUCGCCAGCUCCCUCGGCAGAGCACGCCUCGCGCGGUGGGAGGUCAAGGGUAAGACGGCACUUAUUGCGCUCAACUGGCAGGACUCCAUCGCUGAGGUUGUCGUCCGCACCGACGACGGCAUCGUCAAGCCGUGGGAGCUUGAGUUCCCUGACAGCGAUUACUCGGGUGUCGCGUACCAGAAGCGUGCGUUUGGUACCUUCAAGAAUUCUUACAACAGGUUCAUCCUGCAGGGUGUGUGA